UCCUUGGCUAGUUCAGGUCAGCUGCCCCGGCUGUGCCCCCCUCCCAGGUUCCUGUGAAAAUUAACUCUAUCCCAGCUGAACCCAGGACCGUUCCUUAAGAAUUGUUACCUCAGGGAGCAGUGCAAAUCAUUGCUGUCUAGUUUACCAGACUUGGGAGGAGCAGGGGUUUUUGUUAGCUGCCUCUGUACUGAUGAAUAAAAAUCUCCAGGCGUUCAUGAAGGUCCCAAAUUUUUCCCCUCUCCUUUUCUUCUAAGCCCUUUUACAUUAAUUUAAGAUUUUUAAAUAAGCAUAUAGCUUUACUUUUUCAGAAGUAGUAUAUUUUAAAGGUUUACUCAAAGAUGUUAAAAGAGACUUCCAACACAAUCUGGCCUUCAAAAUAAAAGCCAAAGUUUUCAAUUACUUUCACUUCCAAUAAUGUCACCAGAGCAGUAUGGUGUUUGGAUUUUACGGGAGUUGUCUGUACUGGGAAACUUGUGCAGUGUAAAUUAAUUUCAGUGUAACUUUAUUCAUGUUGGAAGUGAAUUUCAGCUGGUUUCAUCUGGCUUUUCUGGAGGUUUAUUUAGCUGACCCUAAAAACUUCUGCUUUAAGGUAGACACGGUCAUGGUUAGAGCUUAGGUCACAGAGUCAGGACUCCUGGGCCAUUGCCAGCUGUGUCGCUGGCUGUUCGUGGUGCUGAGCAAGGUGUGUGCGCUCAGGUGUGAUGCUCGGGAGCAUCUGCUGAAGUGCUGAGGCCCGAGAGGGCUACAACCCUGUGGGCAGUCGUGGUUCUUGGCUGCCAGGAGGGGGAGGCUUCGGUCCUCCGCCUUGCCUCUUGCCACGUUUUGCAUCCUGUCAUGCGUCAGCUCUGAAAAUAGCUGGUCCUUGUUGGAGUUGCUACAGCUCAGUAACGCAGCAAAAUACUACCCCGAUGUUAAGUUUUUCUUGCAGUGGGAUAUGGGUUUUGCGAUGUGUAAUUACUUCCCUAUUAUUACUCACAUAAGUACCACCAGUAUAUAUUGGAAGCGGUAACUGGGCAUGCGUAGUAAGGUUUUUAGAAAGAGGCUUGGAGUUUGAGGUAUUAUCACAGUGCUAAAAAUAAAGGGAAGAUACAGGAGAAAUGAGACCUUUUCAUAGGUGAAGGAAAAUGAUGGAAGAGAGUGGAAUAGAGACAACUCCACCUGGCACACCCCCACCAAGCACAGCAGGGGCUGCUGCUGCCACUGCUACACCUGUCUCAUUAGCUUUGUCCAGUCCCCUUGCUACACAAAGCAUGUCAUCUUCUCCUGCAUACUCACCACCCUUGCCAGCUGGAGUGUCUCCACUUCCUCCUCCUAUGAUGACUUCAGCUUCUCUUCCACUCGUGCCUUCUGAAACGGUUUCUACUAUUGCACCACCUCUAACUCCUGCCCCACCUCCUGUUGCCUCUUCAGCUUUUAGUACCUCCGUGUCCCAGUUCUCUACAUCUCUUCCAUUAAGCUCUACUGCUGGCCCUGGUCUUCCUGCACCUCCCACUGGCCCCCCCAUUUCAGGAUUUUCCGUGUCUUCAACCUAUGACAUUACCAGAGGUCAUGCUGGUCGAGCACCACAGAGCCCACUGAUGCCAUCAUUUCCUGCACCUCCAGUCACAGGUGUUUUGGCAGAUCCUAUUACUCAACAAGCAACUUUCUCAUCACCUUUGGCUCCUGGAACUGGUUCUGCAAUCACUUUUCCUGAGGAGCAUGAAGACCCCAGAGUAUGUACUGCCCAAGGUGGAGCACCUGCUGGAGGACUGUGGGGGUUUAUAAAGGGUGUAGCUGAGAAUCCCAUGGUGAAGUCUGUUCUUGAUAAAACCAAGCAUUCAGUGGAGACCAUGAUCACAACGCUGGAUCCUGGCAUGGUUCCAUACAUCAAAACUGGGGGAGAACUGGACAUAGUGGUUACUUCUAAUAAAGAGGUAAAAGUCGCAGCAAUUCGAGAUGCCUUUCAAGAAGUCUUUGGAAUGGCUAUUGUUACUGGAGAGGCUGCACAGUCUAACAUUGCACCCCAACCUGUGGGCUAUGCUGCAGGUUUAAAAGGAGCCCAAGAAAGGAUAGACAGCUUGCGUCGGACAGGAGUAAUACAUGAAAAACAGCCUGCUGUAUCAGUAGAAAACUUCAUUGAGGAAUUGCUUCCUGACAAGUGGUUUGAUAUUGGAUGUCUGAUUAUUGAGGAUCCAAUUCAUGGGAUUCAUCUGGAAGCUUUUACCCAAGCAACACCAGUGCCUUUGCAAUACGUUCAGCAGGCUAAGAGUCUUACUCCUCAGGACUACAAUCUGAGAUGGUCAGGCCUGUUGGUGACCGUGGGUGAAGUGCUUGAGAAGAGUAUACUGAACGUCAACAGGACUGAUUGGCACGUGGUAUUCACUGGCAUGUCCCGUCGACAGAUGAUCUACAGUGCAGCUAAGGCUCUAGCCGGAAUGUACAAACAACACUUACCACCCAGGACCGUUUGAAAGAAGGCUCAUCCAUGACACUAAGGAAUACUGGUUUUGAUUGUAGAAUUUAAGUGAAAGCUGCAUGUUCUAAUUCUCAGUGGAUUCAACACAGAUUUGUAAUCUAACUGUAAACUGUAGUUUACUGUUUAAGAAGUGGUUUCCAAUAGUAGAAAUGAGCAAUUGCAAUUUUUAACUACUAUGUGAUUUCCAAUACGAUUCACAAAACAGAAAAUCAGAACAAACAUAUAUUUAUAACUGGGACAAAUAGCAUUACAGUUUGUAAAGUGGAAUGUGCUUUUAUUUGACACCUUACUAGGCAUUUGCUGAGAUAUUUUGGUUAGUAUACUUUUUUAAAAAGGGGAUCAUUGUUUAGCUAUUUCUAUUAUAUUAGUAAUAUAAACAUGUUGACAGUGUAAUAUGUAUGCUAUAUAUGCAUUUCAAUCCAGAAAGACUACCUUCUGUAUUAGAUGUUUUCUUGGGGCCUGUGCUUAGGUGGUACUUAACACCUCAUAGGUUUGGUGUCUGUAUAGAAGUUCUCAGGAGUGAUACUGAGCAGUUUUUAUAACAUGUAACAUUGAGCUGCUGAAGAAGAGCACAAACCCAUGCCCCAUUAGUUGAAGUCGUUGCUAAAUAAUUUUGAAAUCUCAUUUUCCACGCUGCAUCUUUUUUCUUUUUAUGUAACAGUAAUGAAAUUCAUGUCCAAUUAAAACACUAGACAAAUUUCAAGUUGCUUCAGUGGGUUUUAGAUCAGGUACCACAAACACAUAGAAUCAUAGAAUCAUUUAGGUUGGAAAAGACCUUCAAGAUCAUCGAGUCCAACCAUCAUCCAUGCCCACUAAACCAUGUUCUGGAGUGCCUUGUCUACGUGCUUUUUGAAUACCUCCAGGGAAGGUGACUCAACUGUUACCCUGGGCAGCCUAUUCCAAUGUCUGACAACCCUCUCAGUAAAGAAAUUUUUCCUAAUAUCCAACCUAAAUCUCCCUUGCUGCAACUUGAGGCCAUUUCCUCUCUUCCUAUCUCCAGUCUCUUCUGUCAAGAAGAGACCAGCACCCACCUCACUACAACCUCCUUUCAGGUAGUUGUAGAGAGCAACAAGGUUUCCCCUCAGCCUCCUUUUCUCCAGACUAAGCAACCCCAGUUCCCUCAGCCGCUCUUCAUAAGACUUGUGCUCCAGGCCCCCCACCAACUUGGUUGCCCUUCUCUGGACAUGUUCCAACAACUCAAUGUCUUUCUUGUAGUGAGGGGCCCAAAACUGAACACAGUACUCGAGGUGCGGCCUCACCAGUGCCGAGUACAGGGGAACAAUCACCUCCCUGCUCCUGCUGGCCACUAUCUCAACAAUUUCAACAACAUGAUUUAGUCCAGUGCUUCCAAACUUCAUAUUUUAUAUGGAAUUAUGUAUUUUCUUCUAUCAAGUUAUCGUUGUCAGCAAUUUUAUGUGGAAAAUGAUGAGAUGUGUAUCACUUGCUUUGCUAUCCUGGGUUUUCUAAACAUUUUUAAGUCUUAAAUGCCUUCUUGAUGCAUGAGCUUACUGUUUCUCAUAUAAGUCUUCAGUAGUGUCUGACUUUUUUCAUGGCUAUAAAUGCCCUCUAUCCAUGCUCACACAAUCUUAAAUCUUUAUUUAGAAAUAUAGAAGUAAUUGUGAAGAAAAUAUUUUGGUAAUAAUACUUUUUUAAGAAACAAAGAAUAAACAAAUACUUUUUGUUUGCCUUAAAGAAGCAGUUUUUCAGCUUAUAUUGCUCUGCCUUUACCUUUCUUAGAUGCUUUCGAAGGACAUUUUUAUAUACAAUAUACUGUUAAGCCAGCUCAUACUUGUACCCAGUGAAAGCCUAUUUCCAAGUAAUAUAUUUUGCCUUAAUUGGCUUACUCUGUAAAUUAGUUGAAUAAAUGUUUUUCCUAGAGGAUUGUAUCUA